AUGGCCCGAUUCGGAGGCUCGACUUCGCUCGCCGCGACCCUGAUCGUUCUGUUCAGUUUCUUUGCUACGAUCUUGGCAGCCACGGAAACUGUCUACAUCACCGGCUCAGAUAAAGAUGGCAACAGCAAGCAGCUCGCGGUCAAUCGCAAUCCUGGCCUGUUCACUGGCGAUUUUGGCGACUGUCUGGGAGGACAAAGUUUGUUCAACAUUACAAAAUUCGAUGCCGCCUACUAUGCCGACAACAUGACUGUCCAGUUCCAUUUGGACGGUACGACCAAUAUCAGAAACGAAUCAUUAAUGAUGCAUAUCAACGUCGAAGCUUAUGGCGAGACGAGAUUCGAGAUGAACUUUAACCCCUGCAUGGCCAACAUCGCUAGUCUGUGCCCUCUGAACGCCAGCAAGCCCAUCACUGCAUUUGCAGAGUUCAGACUCACGCCUGCUCAGAUCGACGGCAUUCCUUCCAUCGCCCUCGAUAUUCCCGAUUUCGAAGGUUCUGCGCGCAUCCAAAUCUUUGCAAACUCGAGUCAGACUCAAAUAGGUUGUUUCCAAGCCGUCAUGCGGAACGGCAACAGCUUCUCCCACCCAGCCGCGAUUUCAUCGAUAUUGGGCGUGUUCACACUCGCCGCGAUCCUGGCUUCUGCAGCAACCGCCAUGUAUGGUGUUAGCAUGCCUCAUAUUAGGACACACUACGCCCAUUCACUGUCAGUCCUGGUCAUCUUCGAGACUUAUCAGACCGUUUUCUUCUCGGGUGCCUUGUCCGUCGACUGGCCUAGCGUUCUACCCGCCUGGUGGAGCAAUUUUGGAUGGGCCGCCGGCAUGAUAUACAGCGAAAAAGUAAUCAAUUCGAUCGACGGUUUCGCCGGCGUGACUGGUAAUGCCAGCCAAGUAGGUGGUGCAGGAUCGACCGUUAUCAACACCGGGGGUGGCCUCGUCCAGCAAAUUUAUGGCCGCUCGCUCGACACUUUCUCGACGUCUAGCGAUGGAGCGCCCGUUCCGAAUCUCGUGCAGCGAGCGACUAGGGUUUACAACACAAGCAAUCCAUACGAAUACUACUGGGCGGGAGACCCCGUCGCUCCGGGCAUGCCUACACCGGGCAAGUGGAUUGGGUUCGCCGGAGACCUUUCUGCCCUGGGCAUUCCGGCCGCCGAUGCUUUCACACUUGGUCUUAUCUGGUGGUUGGUGGCCAUUGGACUGGUUGCCGUCUCCAUCGCUGCGUUCAAGUUCAUGCUCGACUUGCUUGCUCGGACAAAGCUGAUCAAACAGGAUCGCUUCUUGUACUUCCGCAACCACCUGGGCGGAUAUCUGGCAGUUGGUGUCCUGCGCACGCUACUCAUUUCGUUCUCCUCCUUGAUGACCCUGGCGCUAUUCCAGUUCAAUAUUCGCGCGCCGGCCGGCCCGACAGCUAUCGCCGCGAUCAUCUUCAUCAUCUUGCUCAUUGGCGUUGGCGGCCUUGUAGCCUACGCAUGUUUCUUCCGUCUCCGCCUCGGCAAGUAUGAAAUGGGCCCCGAUACGAUCAUGUUCGAACAGGGCAAGCUCUUUGGUUCAAUACCAGCGGUUGCAACAACGCGUGCCAGCGAAAUUGGCGAAAAGGAAACCACCGCCAAACGUUACGGAUCCCUCCCGUUCUUCAAGAUCCGAUUUAUUGACGACGACCCAAACCGGACAACGGUCCACCAAGACGAGGUUUACAUCAAACGUUUUGGUUGGCUAUCGGCUCGUUACCGCCGGACCAGAUGGUGGUUCUUCGCCUGCUGGCUAAGCUACCAAUUCAUUCGGGCCUGCUUCAUUGGUGGCGGAGCACGAAGCCCCCUUGCCCAAGUUUAUGGAUUAUUCGUCUUCGAGAUCAUCGCUUUCGUUGUCUUUGUCAAGCUCAACCCCUUCGAGGGCCAAAGAAACACUUCCUUGGCAAUCUGGAUGCUGGGCAUCACAAAGAUUGUCACUGCAGGAUUUUCUAUUGCCUUCUUACCCGCAUUCGCCAUUGGUCGCAUCCUCUCUACGGUUUUCGGCAUUAUCAUCAUUGUCGUCCAAGGAUUCCUUGUUGUUGCCGUCUUGAUUCUUAUUGUUCUAGGUGCCAUAUCAUCAUGGAUGUCGCUUUACCGAAAUCGCGAACAGUUCCCCGAAGUGCUGGAUGGAAUUCGCAUCAAGUACUACGAGCAUAUCCAGGCUAGAGCCACUGACCUGCCGCCACCACCGAAACCAGAUCCGAAGAUUGAAGAGCCUCGGGAGCCACCGCAGCCAUAUUUCUCGGUCAACAAUGUUCGCCGGACUCGCAAGAUUGAGGACGAUGACGAAGAAGACCAGGUUGGAGAUAUCAUUCGGCCGGCCAAUGCUUCAGUAGUACAAUUUGCGCCAGGUACUACCACCACCCGACGAACCCGGACAGAUAGUGUCAGCUCGCGCUACUCUGUUGGUAGCUUGCCGCGCCGCGCCAGACCACACCGCACUUCAUGGAGUUCAGCUGAUUUUGCUGAAUGGGAUGCCAACAAUAAUGCGGAUCGGCCGGGAUCAUCGCUCGCACACCGCAGCAGCUUCGGUCAUCAGCGCAAAGUGUCGCACUCUGGAUCACAACCUGACCUCGGACGCUCCGCCAACAACUCGCCGGCGCCUGCAAGAUCGGUGUCGAUGACGAACAACGAGUUGCGCCGUCUCAUGACUCCCACCGAGGAACUUCCAGAGGAGAGUGUAAUGACACCCGGGAGCAUGGCCGAGCCUGAGACCAGCACGAAACACACUGAUACCGCCAUUUCCCCCAUCCACGAAAAAGACGAGCAUGAAGCCAGGAAGGAGAAUGCUUCUCCGGUUGAAGAAAAGCCCCAAAAGUCCUAA